AUGGAGCCAGUUAAAGAAAUCAGUCAUUCAGACACCCUCACUGAAGAUGAUUUUAUACAUCGAGAACCUGAUAGACCAGUACAAACGUCAACCCUUCAGGAUGAAUUGGAUCCGACCUCCCCCCCUCCUGUCGCCGAGGAAGAACCCAAAAAAGAUGUAGUCAAGGCAACGGAAAAGCCACAGAAAGAAAAAAAAGAGGAGCCAAAGGUGUUGGCUGAGAAGCAGAAGGAAAAGCUCCGAAGGAAGGAGAAGUACAGGAACUUGCCAAAAAGUAAAAGCCAUGGCCAGCCAAAACCUACAGGUUUCGAGAAAUAUUUCACCGAAGCACCAGUUACCCCAGAGGAGUACCUGAACGAAAGGAGCAUCUACCAUAGUGAUUAUCCUGCAAUCUUUCGCAUCCAAGAGGCACUCAACAGGUACCAGCAAAAGCGUCGACUUCUUGAGGAGCGCAUGCAGGUGUUUUCCCAGUACCUCAGAUAUGGCGGUGUUGAGGUCGGUGCCAAGAUGUUUGGAGGAGUGUCGGAAAUGGAAUUGAAGGCGAUGGACAAGGAGGGCAUCGUUAUUGCUCGCUCACAAACCGACAUCAGCGUUGAGAAAAUGAAUUUGGACAUCGAUUUCGAGCAUGUUGCUAAGGCGUUUCUAUCACUCUAUUUGCCGGACUACUGCCGCCCAGAAGGCAUACACGCCAUCAGGCUCGCAACUGAUACCAUCAGAAACUGGCUCAAUUACCUUCUCUACCAUGACGUCACCCCCGAAUACACUGACAACAUCAAGUCAGCUCGCACCUACUGCAACAUCGCAGAGAAGCAACUUUGGGAUAAUCAACGUCUGCUAGCGAAUGGACCCGGAGACUUCAACAAGGCCAACUCUUUUCUCUUCGGCGGUUACUACUACGAUAAAGGCACACAAACCGAGCAGCCUAAGGCAUGGGCAGAUGAAAACCUGCUACGAAACCGAGCUCCAAUGGCACCAUCAGUUGCCCAGAAAGUUGUCAUGUUUGCUCUUGCUGCUAAUGGCACAGAUGAGCAGUCUACUUCAUUUAGUAAUCUUGCAAUGAAAGGGGAACUGUCAGCGCAUGCCAUCCAAGAUAUUGAUGGGUUUGAAAUAGUAGACAUCCUCAUGCCCGACGACGGGAUCCGCAGAUUCUAUGAGACCUAUGCACCAGAUCUCAAUGUCGUUGGGAAAGUGCGCGCAAAAGCGUGGCGUGACCCAAAUGGCCCGCCGAUUGAUCUGGCACCUGGAGAGGCGUUGCCGAACAUUCACGGAAUGGAAUUUGAGUUCUUCGUUGAGGAAAGACUUCUUCAGUAUUGCUAUCUUGGGAUGAAGUUCGUCACGACUGUUUGGGAACUGAAUUGCGGUGUGUUCUUUUUCGAUGAGAUUUUGAACGCUUACUGUUCGUUCUACACACCGUCUUUGAAUGACCUGAUGCUGGGCUGGAAGGCUCCGCGUGAUCUUACCAAGAAAGGAAAGCAAGAAGGGGAAACUAGCCUGGAAAAUGCGACUACCGAUGAUGUUGCAUUCAGCGACGAGGAGUAUUAG